UUAAAUUUUAGGUGGGGGUGGGCAGCGGAGAUUGGCUGUUAUUCCUCCAGAUUUAAAUGGAUAGACCGGCCAGCAGCUAAAAGCAGUGAGCGGGAAUGGAAAAUACACAAUGUACAUUGCUCCUUUACAAGAAGAACUGGAUACAAUUCCUUUACCACCAGAAGCAAAAGAAUUUGAGAAGAUGCCCAAAGCCCAGUGUACAACCUGCAAGAAAAUGGUUCCACUUCAGAUUCUUCCAGAACACAAAGGAAUGCAAGAAAGAACUUGUAAAUUUGUGUGAUUCUGCUGAAGAAGAAAGCUGCAAGGAAGAAGAUGAUGUAUUCUCAGCGGCCCUUUGCUACCAGACAGACAAGAUAGCUGAGUGUCCUGUGUGCAAAAAUGCAUUUCAUCCUGACAUCAUUGAGAUCCAUGCAGCCAGUUGCGGAUUACGAACUUCAGAUGAUGAUGGCCAUCAGUCAAGUGAUCCAAUCAGUACCUUUCAAAGUUCUGAGGACAUCUUGAAUUGGAUCGGUUGUCAAGUUGAUGAGACAAACACAUUUUCCAUCUGUGUGUCGCGAACUGAUCUCUACAACAGAGGCAUGCAACAGUGGCAACGGCAGAAGAAGACCUCACCCAAAUGUAGACUUAAGGUCACAUUCUUUGCCGAGGCAGGCAUUGAUACUGGUGCCCUUACCAAAGAAUUCCUCACAAGUACAGGUAAAUGCUGGUAG